AUGGCUCUCCCAGACAUCGCUCCAGGCGCCCCCACUAACUCGACACCGGCUACAAUGCGCUCACCCUUUCCACUUUCACCCGAGCUGGUUCAUAAAAUCUGCAGCAACCUCCGCACUAGUCAAGUUGCCCAGCUCCGGCUCGUAUGUCGUCUCUUCGCGGAGAUUGGCAAAGAACAUCUCGUGGAAGAAUUGUGCUUCUUCACAUAUCCGCGGAGCAUAGAGAAGGUUAUCGAGAUAUCCAGGUCUGAGGAGUGGGCGCCCAAAGUCAAGACACUUGUAUUCGAAAAUGUUGCACUCAAAGACUGGCGUGGUUUCCCUUGGGAUGAUGACUUCUUCGAUACACGGAGAGGCGCAAGAAAUGGGCUGUCAAGUUACACGCAGCGCGAUUUCGCUACCAUAAAGCAAGCUGUCGGUCAAAUACUAUUCUCUGGUCUUGAAGAGAGUGCGAUCUUCAGUUUCCGCAACUUGAGGGCCGUUCAUUCCCAUGAGGGCUUCUCAGAUGAACGUCCAUACGGACGGGGUAUCAACAUGAGACUUGUGGACAUGCUUACCUAUGGCAAGCAUUCGAAAAGUCUAGCCGAUCUCAUAUGGGAAGAUCGCGCUUCCCUUCGCAUCUUUCAGGAGCCGAUGUCGUGCGAGUCUACGGAAGCAGAAUACGGCUGCUACUUGAAAAAAUCUUGGAACUCUCUGGAACUUUUGUCUGAAGGCAGCUGCAUACCAAGUGGGUUUAAAAGAUCUGGAGACCCCGAAGCGGAGGUUCAAAGGAAUCUCAGUUGCAGGAACAAGACCAACGAGCCUGACACUCCCGAGUCCGCGUCACUGUAUUACGACCCAUCAGCAGAUUCCGUUGAUCGUGACGAGAGGUUCGACUGGGACAUAAGGUUACUCUCGCAAUCACAGGUCGAUUUCGUGAACCUUCAGACGUUGUCUUUGUCCAAUGGACGGGUCACCGAACGACUUGGUGGGCUGGACAUAUCUCCACUUGGCUGGCAUAACUUGUCACUCCCGAAACUUGACUAUCUGAGCCUAUGUGGCUGUCUCUUCUCGACCGAUAUCCUUACACUAGACGGAUACGUUGCAACUUGGCUCAGCAAACAAGAGGUGCACCUCAGCUUGCGGGAUUUUGGAGCAACAGUAGCCGGCCUGGAAGCUUUUCAGAAUGGAUCCCCCCUUGAAUCGGUCUCUAUAUCGGAUUCCUUCGAUCUCACUUUAUCCAUAGGACUGGAGUGGGCCCCCACAACGGAAGUACGACACUGCGGAAGCCAGUCAACAACCUGGUCCUGGAAAUCGCCUAGGUACUUUGUGACAGAUGACAAUAUUGAGGUUGGGACGAUCGAGGAGUUUCUGUUAUAUGUAGGGUGCAAUGCGGAAACAUUUGGAUACAAAAGAACUCCAUGCGACAAGGAGCCAUCUUGA